UUUCAGUCUUUAAUUGUUAACUUUGAAGUUUACAACGAAAUGGAUGCAAAAACAUUGGAUGAAUGCUUCGAUUAUGUCUACAAAUUGACAUUGGAGUGCGGAAAAAUCGUCAAAGAAGCCGCCAGCAAGGCGAAAAAUAUCACGACAAAGGAGCAUCGAUGUGAUUUUGUCACGGAAUAUGACAAAAAGGUCGAAGAUAUUCUCAUGAAAGGCAUUUUGGAGAAAUAUCCGCAUCACAAAGUCGUUGCUGAGGAAUCCGCUUACGGAAAAUCACUCCCUGAGUUGACUGACGACCCAACUUGGAUCAUCGACCCCAUCGAUGGCACCCAAAACUUCACCCGCAACAUCAAAAUCAUCUGCAUCUCCAUCGGUUUGGCGGUCAACAAGCAACUUGUCGCCUCGAUUUGCAUGAAUCCGUGCAUGGAUGAGAUGUAUACCGCGAAAAAAGGUCAAGGCGCUUUCCUGAACGGGGAACGAAUUCACGUGAGCAACUGCAAAGAUUUCCGCGAUGCCGUUUUCUCCUUCACACUGAUCCCAGUCAGACAAAAAAACGUUAAUUACAUGCCGCGUAUUAUGGAAUUUAUGCGACAAAGUAUGGGCAUCCGGAUUUUGGGGUCGAUUGCAAUGGCAACGUGUUAUAUCGCAAGUGGGCUGAUGGAUGCCUACAACUUUGAGAAUGCAGCUCCUUGGGAUGCAGCAGGUGCCGUUUUGUUGGUUGAAGAGGCGGGAGGCGUCGUGAAAAGCAGCUCGGGAGGACCGUAUGACAUUAUGAAACCGAAUAUGGUCGUUGCCGCCACGGAAGAGCUCUGCGAUCAAAUGAUUCAGAUGAUAAAAAAGGUGGAAGAAAAAGAAAAAGUUUGAUUAUGAAGGUUCUAUCUUUGUGUGAAGACAAUAAAAAACACUUGAGUUGAGAGAUAUAAGAUAAGGUUCAACUGAACUUUUGAAAAUUUUCUCUCUCCCAAUGUUUUGUUUGUUAU